UUCUUUUCAGACUGACAGUAUUGAAAACUGACCCAGUGUUACAACACUCCCCGGUCUCCCCUACGAAAGCAAGCCAUGUCCCCUUGAUGGUACCACCCCAGCGACAUUUCUGAGAGUGUAGGGGACUACAGGAGCUCUAGAGAAAACAACAACAGCGAGGAUUCAGCAUCAGCAGCACAGCUUCUUCAUCAUCAGCAGCACAGCAUCAUCAUCAGCAGCAUCAUCAGCAGCAUCAUCACCAUUAUCCCGACCUGCAGAUCUUUACAGUGCUUACAGUGCUGCGUUUCACCUUUCAGAGCAAUAGAGUCUGAUCGGACGACCAUGACUCUGCAUUCUCCUCCACUAACCGCAUGCACCCUGGUGGUGUUUUUGUCAUGUAUGAUCGGACUGACUGCUGCAUCAACGGGCUACCAGAAACCAAGCUUUCUGGAUUUUGACUCCUGGUGGUAUCACACGCCCCGUGGCCCUCAGAUAUUCUCCUGCCUGACCUACUUGGAGAGGAAUGUACGGGUGGAUUGUGAGUUCCCGAAAAGCGACAAGAUCCCUGGGCCAUUCUGUGAGUUCAAACAAGAUGGACGCCUGAUGGGCACCACGAAUCCCAACAACCCAGUGCACCUCAUCCCGCCCAUAGAGACCAGACGUCGUGCCAAUGUCACGCUGGUGCCUCCCAACAUCUGCCGCCUCAACUGGAUGCCUAUGUCAGAUGACCGGGCAUACACUUACACCUGCAGGGUGUAUCAGGGAAGCACCUGGAAAGAGAAUAGCAUGUCCUUUAACCAAAGAAAUCUGCUAGUUUGCUCCGCUUUAAACAUAGUAGCUAACGCUGCACUAUGGAUUGUUUCCAUUACCUUCUCACUUCCUGUCUCUCUGGGGCUUCUGUCAGCGUGAUCAGCAGUGGUUCUUCAACAUACAAAUCCUCAAGCAUUAUGAUAUGGUUCUAAUGAUAAUCAUAUUCAAAAUGGAUGAUGACACACUGGUUCAUCAUCCUUAUUUAUAUAUUACUUGUGCAUCACCACCUCUUUAUUUAGUCACUUGACAUCAUAACCACCUACUGGAAAAAAAAAACCCUCACUUUUUCUACUUAGAUCCACAAUAUCAUGAUUCUACUUUGAAAUAUCCUUAGUCCAUUAAGAACACAAGUACAAGCUUUCACCAACUGCUUAUAUGAUGCUAACUUCUACAUUAUAUGUAUUAGCCUAUAUUGUAUUCAUAUUGGGCUUCAUUUAUCAAUAAUAUAUUACAUUUGUGUGUAAAUGAUUUUGUAGGUCUAACCAAACUAAAACUUUUUACCAGAUUUCUGAAAGUAAUAGUAACACAGAUUUUCUUUGUACUCAAGUUAUAUGUUGAUAAAUGCCAAUAAAUUACAAAUCGCAUUCACAUCUCAGCUGAUUUACAUUUAGUGACAGCCACAAAACUCCAUAAAAGGCAAGGCUGUCAGAGCUGAAAAGGACAAAACAAUGACUAAACAGUUACACGAUUUGAAGCUGAUCACUUAAGGUUCAUGUUAGCGAGCCUCCUUAGACAUAAAUUUAUACAAACUCUGGAGCUCAUGUAGGAUAUAAACGCUAUUCUGAACAAACUGGAUUUUUAUGAAUACCCCAUUUCUUGUGUAAAUGCUCCUGUGAAUUAUUUAUGAAUUUAUAUUCAUAUCCAGUUUGAUAAAUGAUGCCCAUUGUAUGUACAUUAUGUAUGUUGUCCUUUUCCUUGUAAAACCACAUACAGCCUAGUUUAGUUAACACUAAAGCUACAUUCAUUUCACUUCAUUCAAAUUUCCAAAGAAUUACCAUAUUUUUUUAGCACUUUUUUGUCUGCAGUUACAAUACAGUCCUGUCAUGUAUUCUUGCAUUUUUUUCAGAUAUCUACAUGGAACUAUACUUUUACCUUUUGAUAUAUUAAUAUUAAUAGGAAACAACAGAGUGAGAUCAUUUUAGAGGUUAAUCUCAGCUAUUGCUUGUACUGAUCCUUGGCUUUCAUUCACAGCAACAUGCAUUAUAAUGCUUAUUGAUGUUAUUCAUGCUAAUGCAAGUUAAAUUGUCUUCCAGUUUGUGCCACUGUCCUUAAUGUAGAGGACAUAACAGUCUAUAGGACAGCACCCCCACCACCUAGGAGAAGAAAUGCUCUUAAUUAUCAUAAUUAGUUUAUAAUAUAUUAUACACAAUGCAAUAAAUUAAUAAUGUAUACUUAUAAGAGUUACGUCUUCCACUAUGCGCUCAUGCACAUUGCUGCUUUUGCAUUCAAAUGCAUUUUUUGCACAUGCUUUUUUGGCACAUUUAGGUUACUACAGAAGUUGCUGCAUUAUGUUUGCAGGUAGUAUUAUAAGGACCGUGGAUUCUAGGAACGAGCUUAGAAUAGAUAUAGUGGUAAAUGCAAGACGAGAUGUGCUACCCUUGAGCAAAUGCUUGAUUUUGUAUGUUUAGAAUGAUGUUGUGACCUAAAAGUGGCUGGGAAUUUCUGCACGAGCCAUCACUGUCUCAGGAUUCUUCUGAGGUUUAACAAAACAAGGGAUGCUUUGAAAAAACUGUCUUAUGUGCAAUGCUUAUACCAUACGAUGUUCUGUUGGUUUUAGAUCUUUUGCACUAAAUCGAUAUCUGCCUAUAUACAAUCUCCAGUAAAUCUGUUUGUGUAGACAUUUUCUGUUGCCCUUCCUUCCCUUCCUCACCUUCCCAAAGUCUAUGUAUUGGAAUGCAGUGAGAAAUAAAGGAACGUAGAUUGUG